CCCCCGACACUCUUCGCCUCCUCUUCAUAUUCAUAAACACACAACCACAACCAAAAUGGUCUCUUCUCAGCAAGGCUACGCCAACACCACCGUCGACAUGAAGGGUAAUAACAAGGCCGUUGAUGAGGCCCAAUCAAACCUCCCUCUUCCCGACCAGCCUCCAGUCGCCUCCGACUUCAACUCUUCCGACGCUCGUACUGUCAACGUUGGCUCGGGUGGCCAAGAAGCCAGCUUCACUUCUGGCGGCGGAGCUAUCCGUGAGCCCGCAGUCGGUGCUAGUGGUGCUUCAGCCCGUGAGGCAAAGGAUGGUCUCGAUGGCAUUCCCAACGAUGCUGUUUCUCGCGAGGCCAAGAACCACUCUGGCCUUGCCGACACAACGGGCAAGGACUACGGAUACCCACAGAAGAACGACCCCAGCUCUGGUCUCAAGCAGUAGAGUAUUCCACGAGGAUGAUGAUCAAAAAUACCCAAAGCGUAGUGGGAUUGGAGGAUUUUCUUAUCAUACAAGGUCGCUGUCACUGCGUUCAGCUGGCCGACUGCAAGAGCAGUAUCUUGACGACUUAAUAUACGAAUUCAAUGAAUGAUGAAACACA